GGAGUGUGGUUUCUCCCAACAGUGUUUGGAUGUUCAUCUGGAGAUUCUGCGGGUCAAACAGAAUUUAGAAGAAAGCGUGAGUCGUGAGCGCAGCGCCAUCCGCUGUGACAUCAUCAAGAAUAGACGACAGCUGCUGUCUGAGAAGGUGUGUGAACACUGGCAUCAGCUGCAGGCGGUGAGCGCUUCCUCUGAUGUCACGGUGGAGCAGUACCUGCAGAAAUGGACCGAAAUCCUGAUGUACCAGAGCAAUGAACUCUCAGAACUCAUCAAUCACCUGGAUGAAGAGACGGCAGGCAGGACACGCAAGAUGAGUCUGUGUGUGCUGCAGGCGUCACUGGCGGAGCUGAAGGUGCAUGUGUCUGCGUGGUGUCCAGGAGCUGCGCAGCUGCUGCCGCAGACGGAGCAGAUUCAGGAGCGUCUGCAGUGUUUGGGGAAGGCAGCGUCCCACGAGCUGCGAUCCGCUCAGAGCUGCAUCCGACAGCAUCAGCAGCAGGAGCUUGAUCAGCAGCGCAGCAUCAGAGACGCCUUCUCACAAUACUGCAGCUGCGUGUGUGCGUGUGUGCGCUCUCUCUCGUGUGAGCAGAGUGUGCGUCUGCAGCUGGAGUGUGUGAAGGCUGCGUGUCGUCUGGAUCGCUGUCUCGCUCUUCCACACGCUGUCUGUGAGCUCAAACAGCACGACACUGACCCCAGUGACCCCACCGUGACCCCUACAGAGGAGGAGACGGAGAGGUCAGAGGUCACAGAGCUGCAGUGUUUCCAGAGGCGUCUGCAGGAGCGGCUGCAGCAGAGCGACACACGGAGCGACGCGCCGCAGCGGGCGUGGCACGAGGCGAGUGUGUUUCAGGAGCAGCAGCUGCGUGUGUGUCAGGAGUGUGUGGCCGUGUUUGUGGCGUCGCUGCAGUGGGAACAUGCAGAGAAGAAAACUAAAGUGACGGAGACUCACACAGCCCUACUGCAUCUACAAACACUCCUGAGACCAGAGAUACUUCACACUGACAUCACACACACCAUCAACACACACCGGCUGGCUCUUGAGGAGGCGGAGCUCCGGCUUCAGUGGGAGGAGUCAGUGGAUGGGCGGGGCUGUGUGAGCUCAGAUGAUAAGGAUGAUGAUGAAGAGGAGGAUGUGUUCAUGGUGGACGGUGGAGUCGCGGCUGUCCUGCAGGAGGCGCUCUUCAGGAGGCAGCGGGUGAUUGACAGAGUGCUGCGGAGGAAUCAGACACUCGAGCAUCAACAGGAUCAGCUUCAGCUGAAGAGACUGCAGACGUACUGCGAGCAGGAUCUGGAGUUUACAGCAGCGUUGGUCAAACAGUCUCUGAUGUCUGUUCCUGAUCUCCACAAAGUCCUGCGGCUCCUGCUUCCUACAGUACCUGAAGGAGAACUGCUGUCACUCGUAGAUGCACUAGGACCCAGAGCAGGGGAAUCAGGAAGCUGCUCAUCUCUGGCAGACAGACUGAGACAUGACGUGCUGAGCAGAAAUCUGUCUGACGCUCCUCGAGACAGAGACAGGUUCCUCAAGAAGCGUCAGAAGCUCCUCGACAAGCUGUUGUCUGGAGCUGGACGUUCUGGAGUCGCUGAAGAGACUCAGCGUAGACGCCGCCGCAGACGAGAACUUCCUGUGCCAGAACCUUCCGAGGAGACCAUGUUAGAGCCUGAGACGAGGGGAGGUGAGGAGGCGUGGCCUGAGACGAGGGGCGGCGAUGGGGCGGGGCCCGAGACGAGGGGAGGUGAGGAGGCGUGGCCUGAGACGAGGGGCGGCGAUGGGGCGUGGCCCGAGACGAGGGGUGGUGAGGAGGCGUGGCCUGUUGGUGUGGCUCAGGACAGUCUUGUCUCUAUGAGGGAUGGUAGUGAAGGGGUGUGUCCUGGGGGCGUGGCAGCAGCUGAGGGGGCGGGGUCUCUGGGCGGUGCUCAGGACAGUCUGGUGUCUGCGGAGGGGCUGUUUGUUUUCCACUGCGUUCCUCCUGCAGCCCAGCAGCACACGCAAACAUCUCACUCACGCAAGAAGAAACGCAACUUCCUGAACUUCAAGAAGAGCAGUGUGGCUCCCCAGCCAAACAUGUGACACUACAUUGCAAAGCAUCAUGGGACUGUAAUUGAGUCUUUUGUGUAUCUCUUGUUCUUUUAUCUUCAGCGGUACAGUGUCCAGAUGUGAGUGUUUUUCCUUCACAAACAUUCACUCAAAUGAUCAGGUCAGAAAGAUGCAAAAACAAAAAGACCUUUGACCUUUAGUUUACAUUCCUUUUUAUUAAUCAAUAAUCUUUUUAUUUUAAUCAACCAUGAUAAUUAAAAAAAGGGACAUGGAAUAACUUAAAACUGUUUUAUUUCUGACACUUGCACAUUUGUCUGCCAUUUGAUUUUGUUUUAUAUGAACCAAAGACUCUUUGUGAAGGCAUCCUUUAUUUAAAAGCUUUGAGAAAUAUCAUUAACUCUUCACAGACGGCUGAAACUGAGUGGAUCGUUGGUCAGUGAAGCUCAGAGCUGCUGUGCUUCUUCAUCAUCUUCAUGUUGCUGUUGUUUUGUCCUUCACAGUGUUUAUUUGCAGCUGGUUUGUCAGAAACCGAACGCCGCUGCGGCUUCAUCCUGACAGACAGAGAGAUGCUAUGAUUGUGUUCACAUUUUUUUAACAAAGAUGACAUCAGUUACAAACUGAUCAAGACUUUAAAUCAGACAGACGUACUUUUCUCUGUUGAAGGCAAUGAAAUCUUCUGCCAGCGAGUCUAAACUUCUUUGCACGUGCGUCGGCUGAGAAACAGACAUAUUUCAUACAUCAAACUGAUGUAUUAAUAAUGAGACCAUCAGACUCAAGGUAAUGUCUUUAAAUACUCAGAAUCAUUCACUCUGAACCGAAUGACUUUCUUCGGUCUGAUGUCUCACACUGGACAGUUUUCAAGCUUCAGAAAAGACACAGAUUACCUUUAAAACGUCUGAUGAUGAUCUGUGUGAUUUAAAUCAUGAUUCACUGAUCAUCGUCCUCUGUUCUGUCACCGACUCCAGAUGAAUAAUUGAACAUGAUUACAAUGCAGGUCUAAAUUCACACUUUUACGAAUUAAAUCCGCAGAAAGCCUCAAAUAAGUGAAGUCAGAACUAUAAAUGUUGCAUGCACUGCAAAAUAUGAAUCUUUUCUUAAGUAUUUGUUAAGUUUUGUUAUCCAGUGCAAAUGUCUAAAGAUUCUUAAUUCAAGAUACACUUCCUGGAAAAGAACAAUUAAGAUAGAAAGUCUGUUUUUUUUGAGAAACUCAACAAAAUUAAAUGCAUAAUAAUUAUAAAUAAAAAGAAAAACUACCUUCCUGUGAGUUGUUUUUCUUUUCAAUUAAGUGUUUUUUUUUAAGCUUCAAUGUAUCUUAAUAAAAACUGAAACGUAGAUGUGGACCCUUGAGCAGCUCUAGAGAAGAUCAUAUAUAAGAGGGUUUACAGUCUUCUGUAGAGCCGUGUCACAAGUGAAAGUGAUUACUUAAAUGACUAAAUCUUUGUAGAGUUUUUCUUCUUGUUUAUUUUCUGUAUUUAUAUAGCCCUACAGAAAUAAAGUUGACUUCUCUUGG